AGCUAGGCGAUCGUCUAGGCAAGUGACUACGAUUACCUCCUUAUUAGCUCUCCAAGUGCGUCUCUCACAAAACACGCACACUUCAAUGGCUGGCUCAGGCCUGUCAGUAAUAAAAGAUUCAAAUUCCAAAUCAUUAUUACGUAAAUGUAGGCUGACUUGAAAGUAUAAUACGGUAUAAAUAGGAAGUGCAAUAAAGUAUUUCUAUUUAGAACAUCUUUAUUCGUAUAUAUUAUUGUUUAGAUACAUAGAAGUAAAUCAAGUGUGCUGUUUAAAAUCAGCAAGUAAAAGAAGGUGUCUUACACCUACAAAGCCGCUAGAUGGCGCUCAAAAACAAGCAUUGACAGUACUGUAAAACGAGUCCAUAUUUUGUAUGGGUGCGGCCGUUUUGGCAAAUAUCACAAGAUUAUUUUUGCAUUUUUAAUGUUGAUUAGUUUCCUGUUCUUUAUUGCAGUCCUCGUGGUAGGAAUGUGUGACAUACAGGAAAGUCUGGCCUCCGCAAAAUACACACUGACCAUUGCUUGACAUUUCAAACUAUUCAGCUAUUUUUAUUUUAUUUUUAAUUUUCUAUGCUUAUCUUGAUAUGAGCUAACUUUUGGUGAAGGGCAGACUCAAUUAGGGAUGAAUCUAAAAGACAUUUAUUCUAAUUUUUAGAGGCAAUCUUAAUUUGAUAUCUCUAAAUUUUUGAAUGCACAUUUCCAACUAUUCAGUGCCUUAUUGCAUAAAAUCUUACAUUUUGUGAGCAGACAGUAUUGCCCCCUCCCAUCUCACUAUCACGUGACUGCACUGAAGCCUGUGCAGACACUAAAGGAGCUACACUAGUUGAAUCCUUAGGGAUUAACCACGGGUCAGCAUAGUUAGCACCUCUACCUCAUCGAUGGCCACUGGCUGCAAAUACCUCGACACUUUCAGUACAAGUCGGUAAAGAUCGCCUCAUGAUGGGCUCCACGACAGAAGAGUUGACCUGCUCCGUUUGCAGAGAUCACUUCAGCCAGUCCCUCCCACUUCCCUGCGGCCACAGCUUCUGUCCUGCCUGCAUCCGUGAGGCCUGGACUGAUCACGGUGAGGGCAAAGGUCAUUUUACCUGCCCUCAGUGCGUGGAGGAGCAGAGUCAAGUGCUGUGCGACUGCUGCUCCCCGGAAGUGGAUGAAGGUCUGGUACACAUGGCGGUCAAAACGUGUCUACGGUGCGAAGUGUCGCUGUGUGCGGAACACCUUAGGCACCACCUGGAAAGACCUGCGUUUAGCACCCAUUUGUUGGUGAACCCGCUCGGCGACCUUUCUCAGAGAAAGUGCCCCGUACACACGGAGGUUCUACGCUACUAUUGCGCUGAUGAGAAGAUCUAUGUCUGCUGUGACUGUCUACUGGAGGGAACCCACGUUCAGCACAACGUCAAAGGUCUAAGACAGGUGGAAGAGGAUCUGAAGGUGAUUCUCCAGACGCUGCUAGGAAAGUCCGAGGAGAAAGUCAAGAAUGGAGAGGAAAUCCUCAAAGAGUACGCCGACAUCGAUUCUACCGUUGCAGACUGUCUGAUGGAGGAAAAUACACAAGUGGAGCACCUGGGCUCAGAACUGCAGGUCCAAGUGGAGAAACUGGUUGCGGGUCUAAAGGAGCUCACGGAGAAGGACAGACGGCGAAUCGUUGAGCGCGUGCAUGAAGACCGUACUAAAGUGAAGGAGGACGUGAGCCAGACGAUGAGCAUCCAACACUACUUGACCUCGCUGCUAGCUGAAAGUGACCCCUUCCUACUCAUCUGGGCUUUUCAGUCUGAUGACACAAAGUUACUAGCUGAUCUUAGCAGUCCCCUUUUCACACCAGAACCUGUUAGUUUGGACAGGAAGCACAUUUUGGAGGACAUAGAGGGCAAGUAUCGAGAGUUUAUCACCGCCACCCUCCGCUGCCUCAGCGAACUCAAGAGGGAGCUCCUGACCAGUCCUCUGACUCUGGAUACCAAUACAUGUCAUCCUCUUCUGAGCAUCUCUGAUGACCUGCGAUUGGUCACAAGGGUUAAGACACGUCUGCCCUACGCGGCUCACUCCGAACGUUUCGACCACUGGCCGCAGGUCCUCACGCUUCAGAAUUUCUCGGCCGGGACUCACUACUGGGAACUAGAAGCCCAAGGAUUCUGGGAUAUCGCCGUCUGCUAUAGGAGUAUUGGACGGAAAGGGAAAGAGGGAAAUUCUUUUGGGAACAACGCGUUUUCAUGGAGUUUGACCCAACAACAUGACGGGAAACUGGCUGCUUGGCACGACCGCAAGAAAACACGUCUCGCGUACAAAAUGACGGGCAACCGUGUUGCUGUCGCCGUGGACUGGAGUGCCGGCACCAUCACCUUCUCUGAAGUUGGAGCGGCCAAUAACCUAACGCAUGUCCACACUUUCUGGACCACCUUCACUGAACCAGUGUCCUUGGGCUUUGGACUUUAUAAAUCAGAGCUCAACAGCUAUAUUUCAAUUGUGAAAGUAUGACGUGACCAAGGGAAGGUAGAGUUUGACAGUGUAGGCAAUAGUUGAACUCUUAUGGUAAGCUGGAGUGAAACGUGCUGGAGCCUCAACUUAUCAGCUUGUUUGUCAGAAGUGGCUUGUAGAACCUGGACAUUUGCAUUCUCUGUCAUAUUAUAUAUAAGCAAACAUUGAAAUGUGUUUAACUAAGUGAAAUA